UCUCACGUGCCCCCCCUCACAAGAAAAGGCACGCACUCCAUCACCAACGUCCAUAACCGCCUUCCUCAACUCUCCAGUGUCCACUACUAUACCAAUAACAACUCUCACUCCUCACUCUCUCAUUUUCAUUUUGCAGUAUCCAAUAACAGAAUUUAAAAGGCACAAACUCUCCCUAUCUCUCUCCUGGAAUUCAAAUUUUGCAAAACAAAAAUGAAGCUCAAACAGAGCAGCAGCAGCAGAGUGAAUAAGAAAAUCGAGCGAGAACCACCGUGCAUCGUGAAGAAGCAGCGAAGCAAGCGUCACUUACAAGUCCGCUCUCAGAUCUCACCAAUUUUACUCUCCACUAAUCUCUCUCUCAAUAAGAACAAAGGAGUCUCUGUGGAUUCGAUCUCCUGCUCUCACUUCGGCGAUGAAGUGUCUAGCGAUUCAAGCCGAGUUACAGUUGAAUCAAGUCUGAUCAGGAAGAGAAAGUUCGAAGACUCACCGUUUCGGAGGAUCACGAGAUCAUACUACAAGAACAAGGAGAAAGAGAGGACAUCAUUCGAAGUAGAAGUGGGUGAAUCUUCUUGUGUGGAGGAUUCGAAAAAUAGUAGUUCCAAAGGAAUUCAAGGCAAUUACACUUCUACCUUAUCCUCUCUUCACCAAAAUCUCAAUUCGAGGAAAAUUUCCUCGGAGAUUAAAGAAGAUGACGCCGUGUCUGUGGCUUCAGGCGUGGAAUCCUGCUUAUCACGUAAAACGACGACAAACAGAGAGACAGACCUCUCUGAGAUUUCCAGAAACGAUGCAGUUUCUGUUAAUGAGUGUGUUGUAGAGAAGCAGAAGAAGCCAAACAGCUUGGGAGGAGGAGGAGGAGAAAGUGAUGACCUGGCUUGUACAGAGGAGUUGUAUGUGGACGACGGAGUUUCGGAUUACUCGUCUUGUCAGGAGACUUUGUUCUCGGAGCUGCAAUCGGAGAUAUUCCGGGAAAAGUAUUCAUCGGACGACCUCGAUUUCUCUGAUGAUUACACGCCGUCUAUUUUCUUCGAAUCUGGAAGCGAUUUUUCUGAGAAGUCCGUAAGUGAUUCGAAUCCUUCGCAGACUUAUUCCCUGUUGCUCCAGUUCAGACAGCAAUUCUCGCGAUCUAGUUUACCUCUAGAAACUACAAAAUCAUCGUCACUCCUUGAAGCAGAGUAUCAAGAGAAUUUCGCCUUUGCGAGAUUGGACGAUGAGGAAGAUGAGGAGAGCUACAAGAGAUUGAGAGAAAGAGAGAGAAGGCAAUUGUUUUUGCACGACUACCCUGAAUUGUACCGUAACAACACGGAGUUCGGCGAUCUCAUCCUCCAGCAACGGUUGCAGAUGGUACACUGGAUUAUCGAGCAAGCAACUGCGAAGGAGUUUGACCUGGCGACCGUGUUUCUUGGAAUUAGCCUUCUGGACCGGUUCCUAGCAAUAGGGUUCUUCAAGAACAAAAGUCACCUUCAAAUUGUUGGUAUAGCUUGUCUUUCAUUGGCCACCAGAAUUGAAGAAAACCAGCCCUAUAACUGUGUUAGGCAAAAGAAUUUCAACAUUGGGAACAAUGUGUACAGCAGAAGUGAAGUAGUGGCCAUGGAAUGGCUGGUGCAGGAGGUCCUUAACUUCCGAUGCUUCUUGCCCACCAUCCACAAUUUCAUGUGGUUCUACCUGAAAGCUAUGAAAGCUGGUGCAGUGGUGGAGAAGAGGGCCAGAUACUUAGCAGUGCUGGCACUGUCAGACCUUGAGCAACUUAGGCAUUGGCCCUCAACAGUUGCAGCCACGCUUGUCAUCCUGGCUUCUCUAGAAAGCAAUGAAAUUGCAUCCUAUGGACGAGUUAUCGAGGUUCAUGUAAGAACAAACGAAAAUGACCUACACCAGUGCAUAAAGAGCCUAGAGUGGUUGCUGCAAUAUAUGAGCUAGCAGUCUAGCAGGAGAAGGAAUGAAGGAUCAUAAGAUCGCCUCUUGUACACUCGCAUUCUUUUCUCACACGCAUCACUGGUUACUGUAGAUGAAGAUAAUUGUAAAGCCUGAUAAUAACAGGUAACACAAAUCUAUUUCUUUUACGGUACAUGCUUUUACCCAACUGUUCAUAAUAUAGAAUGACAGGAUCUGUAUUCAAGGAGCUGGCUCAUGUAAAUUCAAAGACAUAAUAUUCCAAGUAUUCUUUUGUAUGUUCUACGCAAAACGAUGAUGGGAUUAUGCAGACAGAAGUUAUUUUUUUUA